AUGAUAGAGGAAAAUGAAGAUGAAGAUGAAGAGGGAAGCGAAGAAGACAAUGAGGAAGACAAUGAAGGAAACAUCCUUGAAGAAAAUGAAGAGGAUGGUGGUGAUGUGAAUGAUGGCGGUGGCGCGAAUAGUGAUUCUCCUAUGGGCAGUGGUUCACGCGAUGUGGCAGCAACAGGCGCCCCUCCUGUGACGCCUCCUCUUCCAGCCAAGGACGUGCCCUCGCCGUUGUCAACGAAUGAUGACGGCGCUCCCCCUGCCACUCAUGAUGCGGGAUCCACAACACCCGUUCCGGAAGUACGUGACCGCCACAUGUCCACGUCGUCAGCUUCCUGGACCGAUGACGUUGAAGAAGAAGUGGAACAGACUGGCAGCGUGUCUGCACAGGAGUCCACUUCGGCGACACUGGGGCUGGCGCCCCGCCAGUGA